AUGGAUGAAAAGGUGAAAAAUCAAAUCAAGAAGUCCAUCAAACUGUCUGACCCAGGACCUAAGGUGUUUCUGCUGGUGGUCAGGUUGGGAAGAUUCACACAGGAAGAUAAAUCUGUCAUGCAGUGGUUCCAGAAGCACUUUGGGGAAGAGGCUUCACGGUACACGAUGGUGCUGUUCACUGGUGCUGAUCAGAUAAAGAAAAAAACUGUGGGUGAGUUUCGAAACUGUUCCGAGGAACUUCAGGAGCUCAUCAACUGCUGUGGCUGCAGAUACCAUGUCUUCGACAGAGAAGAUGAAAGGAACCUCACACAGCUCAUGCUGAAAAUAGAGGAGACGAUGAAGCAGAACGGAGGCAAACACUACACCAUUGAGAUGUUCAAUGAGGUGGACCAGGCGGCUGCUGGGCUGCUUGCUCUGGGGCUAAAGAGGGGGGACCGGCUCGGGAUGUGGGGGCCGAACAUCUACGAGUGGAUCCUGGUCCUGUUCACCACAGCCAAGGCCGGCAUCCUACUGGUGUCUGUGAACCCAGCCUAUCAGCUUCAGGAGCUGGAGUUUGCCCUGAGGAAGGUGCAGUGCAAAGCGAUCGUGUGUCCCACAAAGUUUAAGACCCAGAACUACUGUGACAUGCUGAGGCAGCUCUGCCCUGAGGUAGAGACAGCCACGCCUGGAGGCCUCAAGAGUGCCAGACUGCCAGACCUGCGCAUGGUGAUUGUGACAGACAGCCGGCAAACUGGAAUGUUCCACAUGGACGAUGUGAUGCAGGCGGCAGACAGCCACCAUCGGCAGGAACUGGAUAGUCUGCAGAAGAAACUAUCCUUCGAUGACCCCAUUAACAUCCUGUUCACAUCGGGCACCACAGGGAGUCCAAAAGGUACUACUCUUUCCCACCACAACCUCGUCAAUAAUGCCUACUUCAUAGGGAUGCGUAUCGGCUAUGCCUGGAGGCCACAGGUGCGUGCUUGUGUACCCGUACCCCUGUAUCACUGCUUCGGCUCGGUGGCAGGAGCACUAAACAUGGCCCAGCAUGGCAUCACCCUCGUUUUCCCCUCAACUGCUUAUGACGGCCGAGCCAACCUGGAGGCCAUCCAGAAAGAGAGGUGCACCAUUUUCUAUGGCACGCCCACCAUGUACAUCGACAUGCUGGGGCAACCAGAACUGAACAAGUAUGACCUGUCCUCUCUAGAAGCAGGAUUAAUAGGUGGCUCUCCCUGUCUACCUGAGGUCAUGAAAAAGGUCAUGACUACCAUGAAUAUGAAGGAGGUGGUGAUCGGGUACAGCACCACAGAGAACAGCCCUCUCACAUUUUUGGGGUACCCACUGGACAACCUGAAGAAAAAGACAAAGACUGUAGGUUGUAUCAUGAACCAUACUGAGGCGAAGGUGGUGGACCCCAGUACUGGGCAGAUUAUGCCCCUGGGGACAUCAGGAGAGCUGAUGAUCCGGGGAUAUUGUGUGAUGCAGGAGUAUUGGAACGAUCCUGACAAAACACUGGAGUGCAUCUCCAAGGACCGCUGGUACAAGACUGGUGACAUCGCAAGGCUAGACAAGUAUGGAUACUGCCGAAUCGAGGGCAGGAUCAAAGACAUGAUCAUCCGAGGAGGAGAAAACAUCUAUCCUGCUGAAAUCGAGCAGUUCCUUCACACCUACCCCAAAGUGCAUGAUGUGCAGAUGGUUGGGGUGCGGGAUGAGAGGAUGGGGGAGGAGUUAUGCGCCUGCAUUAAGCUGAAGGAGGGACAGGACUGCACUGCUGAGGAAAUCAAAGCCUACUGCAAGGGCCAGAUCGCUCAUUUCAAAAUCCCACGCUAUGUGACAUUUGUGCAGGACUACCCGCUCACUAUCAGUGGAAAGGUCCAGAAGCACAAGCUGCGUGCAGAGAUGGAGAAGAGCCUGGGAGUAUGAUGGGCCAGUUUGAGUGUGUGGCUGUGUCUCAAGCAGAAGGCACCAUUUUCAGUAUUUUCACAAUUUUGCACACUUGUCCUUCGUAGGCGUGUCCCAAACUGAAAUCAUCAAAAAAAAAUCCUUCUUAGGUGCCUUAUUCUGGUUAUAUUUGAAGGCAGCAUCGAUGAGUAUUCUUCAAGAAAUUGGA